GGAUAGAGCUGUAUAGUGUUUCGAUUUGCUUAACGGGUCCACCAUGAACUCCAGCACAAUUUUGGAUAUUUUCCGGACAUUGCCAGCGGAUCCGGUGAAGCUGACACUGUUCAGCAGCCCGCUCCCGGCUCUGCUGAUCGUCGUGGGAUAUCUGAUCUUUGUGCUCAAGCUGGGCCGUGACUUCAUGGUCCAGCGGAAGCCGUUCAAUGUACGGCGAGUGAUGCUGGUGUAUAACCUCUGCCAGAUCCUGAUGAACGCCGUGUUGUUCGGCCUUGGUUUCUACUUCAUCCUGGUCCGGCGAGUGUACGAUCUGCGAUGCAUGGAAAUGCUUCCACUGGACCAUCCCGAGAAGCACUUCGAGCGCCUGGUCGUCUACGCGUACUGGCUGAACAAGGUGCUCGACCUGGCGGACACCGUGUUCUUUGUGCUGCGCAAGAGCUACAAGCAGAUCACCGUACUGCAUGUCUACCACCACGCCCUGAUGGUCCUGGGUGGGCCCGUCAUCUUCUACCUCUUCGGGGCCGGGGGCCAGCUCUGCAUGAUGGGCUUCCUCAAUACCCUCGUCCAUGUGGUGAUGUACGCCUACUACUAUGUGGCGGCCCAGUACCCGCAGAUCAAGGGCAAGCUGUGGUGGAAGCAGUACAUCACCAAGCUGCAGAUGCUGCAGUUCGCCAUUCUGUUCGUGCAGGCCACGCUGGUGCUCUGCCUCAAUCCGGGCUGCAACUUCCCCCUCAGCCUGCAGUACCUCCAGCUGGCGGUCUCCACCUCGAUGAUGAUCAUGUUCGGGAACUUCUACUAUCAGACCUACAUCAGGGCAAAGAGCAAACAGCAUUAAUUACCAAUAAAGUACAGCCCGUUCUGUUGGGUUCGCCAUUCCUCGUUGAGUCUGAAA